AUGUGUAUUGGGAGUAAUUUGGUAUUGAUUAGGAGAAUACAUUCUGGAUAUGUAAAAAGAGUGUUAGAUUCUAAGAAGGCGCCUUUCCAUAAAAAGUAUGAGAAAAUCUUCGCGGACCAGAGAGAACGAAUAAAUUACAACUUAAAGGAUUUAAGAUAUGAGAAAGAUACACUCACUAGAGAAUUAUUAAUAGCAAAAAAUGAACUUUUUGGUAUUUUUAACCUUCAAGAAGCCAAACUUAUCAAAGAUUCCACACCUUCCAAUGAUGGAAAGGUGGAGAAGAAGUGUGUAAAUGAAGCGCGUAGGAUUUAUCGCAUUUUACGGCCAGAUUCUCCUUCCUUCUUCGAAGAACAAACGUCAAUUUAUCUCAAAUCACGACUUAACGAUUUUUUAUCCAUUGAUCGAACAAAUACUACUGCGCUCAUUCCCUACCCAACCAAUAGUGAUUUACUUGAUGAAAAUCCCGUUUUUACAUCAUCUUCCUACACUUUAUCAGUAGUUUCACUCUUGGAAUCUCUGACUGAAGAUGUUUAUUCAUUUUGUGAGUAUUUGGGAAUUUCAGAUUUAGGUGAAAAAUCCACUGAAUCUCUCAAUAAUCUCCUUGAAAAACUUGAGCACUUUUUUAAGCUUAAAAUUGAUGGUUCAAAUUCUGAUCUUUGGGUUGAUAAAGUCUGGUCUAAACUAAACGAUUUACUCAUUGAUGAUUUAAAAAAUAUCCCAGCCAACUACAUGAAAGAUUGGCUGAGAAGUCAUUUAAACCGUGUUUCAAACAAUUUAAAAACUCUUGGACACUGUGAUGAAUGGUAUAACUUUUCUGAUCACAUUCUCUACGAUUCCAUUCCAAUCCCUGAGCAAAUUAUCAUUGAGAAUAAAAUCGGAUUCCCAGUAGAAAAAGCACAACAUUAUCUAUCAUCUCUCCUGUCAUUACAGAAAUUUGAAGUCUCGAGUAUUGACGAGUUGAUAAAAAAUUUGGAGUGUCUGGGUUUAUCGAAAUGGUUUAAAAUGUUACCAAAUGAGAUAGAAACGAGUUUAUUUGGAACUACAGGCGCAGUUGAGGCUAUAGAAAAUUUAAAGUGGACUCAAGAAGAUUUUGACUUAUCUUAUUUACUUAUUGAAACCAUGGCUAGAAAUUUAGACCACUUGCUCAAUAUUGAAACUUAUUCUCCCAACUCCAUACUCUCAAAUAUUACUCUCAACUUGAAGAACAACUUGUUUGAAAGAGAGGAAAAUAAAUGGUUAAGUUCUGAGGAUAUAAAGGAGAUGGUCCGGAAAGUAUAUACUAAGAAAUCUGAUUUAACAGAGUUUAAAGACUUUAUUGACACUCCACUUAAACAAAUGCUGGUUGAUGAGGAGAAUUAUUCCAAUCAAAUCGGUGCAAUUGUACUCAAUUCUCAGCCCAAUAAUUCCAAAGAUAAUGAUAAAGAUAAUGCUAAAGAUAAUGAUAAAGAUGGUAAGGAAAGGGAUUGGAAAUGGGUAAUGCCUAGUGUUGAUUGUAUAUUUGACAAGAAUCGCAAUAUGUACAUAAGAAACAAAAGUAACUUGGACCCCUUAAUCAGACUUGAGAAUCUUAAAUCUUUCAUUCUAUCCAGAAAAAGAAUGAGAAGCAUGACCAAAGAAGGACGUGUCUACUUCAUACGAGUUAUUGUAGCCAUUGGAGAUGGGAAUGGGUAUUUUGGAAUUGGUAUAGGAUAUGGUAAUGAUGUAAACUCUGCAAAAAAUGCUGGGAUUGAGAAUGGUUUAAAGAAUAUGUAUUUUCUAGAUUAUGACCCGUUUGAGAGUUUAACCACACCCGUACUGGGUACGGAAUACGGUUCCAGAUGUCUAAUUCAGAGCAGACCUACGGGUAAAGGUAUCCGUUGUAACAGGAAGUUUUUACCACUUGUAUACCUUAUUGGACUUAAUAAUGUGAGAUUUAAGUUAAAAGGUACCAGUUCCUGGGUUACCCGAAUAAGGUCCAUUAGAAAAGCCCUAGAGUCAAUAAUGUCCAGAAGAACCAUUUGUAACAUGCUUGGCCGGAGAUAUGUAGAAGUUGGCGCACCUGGAGAUCACACAAUUCAUUGGCCUGACGAAUGGUUUAAUCCGUUACUUAAAGAGUAUUUGAAUCGGAUCAACAGGCUUCGGGCUAUGAGGUUUAAGUUUAGUAAGAGAAACCGUAUCAAAUUUAACCUUUUAUUACCAACAGAUAUUAAAAACACUGUCCCAAAUUAUAAUAAAUCCCUUCUCAAAUCACAAAUCAUUAAUAAUUAA